UACACUUAUUAUUAGUCUCCUCCUUUGUCUCUUCAAUUAUUCUUCUCUGAGUUGUAUCCAAAAGAAAAAAAAACUCAACUCGCAGGCUUCUCAAUGGAUCAGUACGGUAGUCAGCGACCGUAUGGGGACGGAGGGAUGCAGAUCCAGACUUACCAAGGCGGUCCAAGAACCGGGGAUUUCAGGAACUAUAGCGCUUCGUACGCGACGGCGACAGAAAACAGCAUAUACGAUAUCAAGAAGGGGAAGUCGAUAGGUAGGUCGAAGUCUUGGGGGAUAACGGACCCGGAGCUGCUGAGGAAGAAAAGGGUCGCGAGUUACAAGAUGUAUAGUGCUGAAGGAAAAGUCAAAGGCUCUUUUAGAAAAAGUUUUAGAUGGUUGAAGCAGAGAUACACACGGGUCCUCUAUGGCUGGUGAAGAAAUAUUUUCUCCUUUCUUAUCUCUUAUUAUAUCUAUGUGUAAUUGUAUUUCUUUUUUCAAUGUAACUGUGAUGGCUGUUUUGCCACAGACGAUAUAUGAUCAAAUUAGUUUUACAUA